AUGGAGACUACCGUGUCUCCGUUGGACAGGUCCCCUCUCCCGUUUCUGCAUUUGAUGCAGCAGCUCAAGCAUCUGCCCCGAACUGGGUGGCUGAGAACGGUCGAGAAUCCAGAGAGCGUCGCUUCCCACAGCUUUCGGCUCGCCCUGAUGGGUUUGUUCGCGCCAGAGCUAGAUAGGUCGAAGUGUAUGUUUCUAGGGCUAUACCACGAUCUAGCGGAAUCGGUUGUUGGAGACAUCCCAACAUAUGCGGGUGUUCUAAAAGAACAAAAGCACAAGCUCGAGCGCUCUGGUUUCGAGUACAUCGACAGCUUAGUGAAGCCCUACGAUCCCAAACUCGCCAAAGAGAUUAUGGAGGCCUGGCUCGACUACGAAGAGGGAAGGACACCAGAGGGCCGCUGGAUGAAGGAGAUGGACAAAUUUGAGUGUUUGGUACAAGCAUACGAAUACGAGCAGCAAACCUACGGAGAGAAGGAUCUGGACGAGUUCCAGGGUCUGGCGUCCAAGAUCCAUUCUCCGGAAGGAAGGGAAUGGUUGAAGUUAUUGCAGACCGAGAGGGAGGCCCACUUCCGGAAGCGGGACAGGCGUCUUCCCGUCGUCUUUGCUCCGGGCUUACCUUCCGUUCCAGAUGCCCGUGUCCAGCAGGCUUUCGCUGCCGAUAAAGCUUGGCUUCAGUGUCUUUUCUUGGAGAGUGCUGUUCGGGAACGGUCCAAGGACCCCACGUUCCUCCACGCUGAGUAUCUCAAGAGUUGCUUAGAGGAAGGGUUGCCUGUCCCGACAGAUAUGGCCAAAGGCCAGAUUUGGUCCGCAAGAAUUCUGGUGGUGUCUAGCCCGUUGACAUCAACGAUAGAGACUCGGGUCAUCCGCUGA